AUAAAUCUUUAGGCCAGGUGGCUGUAUUCAGAUGGAGCCCCAUACUUUGAGUUGAUUUGGGGGAAAAUAUGAUGUUAAAGUCUGUUCUUUCAGUAGUCUUACAUAGUGACUGUGAUAGGUCUAUGUGUGAUGCACCUUAAUCUGUGCUGACUUGAACUUUGGAGUUAGGGGGUUCUGGAAAACGUUGACGUAAUCAGGUUUUACUGUUGCCAAUGAGAUACGAGCUUAAGUGCAUCCUUUACACCGAGGAUAUGAGUGCACGGGACACCGUUUAAACAGUUGAGGAUGGCAAAUUAACCCCUUUCAACCUUUUCAGCUCCCUGUAUUUCCUUCUCCCUCCCUCUGUCAUUCCUGAGAUGUAAGACAGACAGGUAGGAAUUAUGAUCCAGCUGCGUACGUCUCGCGCUGUCCACGCUCUUUACCUAAAACCGUCACCUCCCCAUGCACGUGCGUCCUGUGGGAGGUUCCCCUUACCUCCCUUGCGUUAAACACUCCUUAAAUUGUAACGUUAUCAUAAACAGUCCGGCUUCGGGGGGGCUAUAAUCACCUCUCUUGGGCUUUACCAAGACUUCUCAUUGGACGUCAACACGCGACCAGCGCGAGGAGGGGGGCUCCCAGACGCGUGCCGCUUUUUAAACCGACGCCGCGCCUUGAGACACCAGAGAAGGAGUCCCGCACGCGACAGUCAUAGCAGUGUGUGCCUCCAAUAACUUUUUUCUAAUAUUAUUAGUCGGUUUAACUCUACCUAGCUACCUUUGGGUUUUUUUUUUUUUUUUUUUUUUGUUUUUUUUGGAAACAUGGAUGUCCUAAGUGUGGAAGACUGGAGCAAAGGCGCACGGGAGGUGGCAGUCCUCGAAUCGCGGCAGCAGAGCCUGAGAGUGGUGGACCAGCUCGAGGAGUCCCGCUACGAACCUGGACUGACGCUCGUGGACAGCGGCAGUGACCCACGCGCCUGGCUGGCUCUGGUGCAGCCUUCUGGCACCUGCGCGGCACACGCCACUUCACCUGACUACCUGCGGCACUCGCCCUGCCCGAGCACAGGCUCCUACCACGAGAGUGGCUCCCCGGAGUCCUCGGACCAUCCCAGCCCUCCCAGCUACAGAAAAACUGCCAAGAGCCCCUCCUCUUCUUCGCUCAAAGUCAGAGACCUGUGCCGUCUUAAAGGCACGGUCACCGGGUCCGAGGAGGAGACGUCCACGAGACAGAGAGCCCCGUCCAGCAAACCGAUCGGCGGGGUCCAGAAGCAAAGGCGCGUGGCCGCCAACGCGCGCGAGAGGAGGAGGAUGCACGGACUUAACCACGCGUUUGACGAGCUGCGCAGCGUCAUCCCGGCGUUUGACAACGACAAGAAGCUCUCCAAAUAUGAAACUUUACAGAUGGCGCAGAUUUACAUCAACGCGCUGGCUGAGCUGCUCGAAGGUCCGGUCUCCUCUAAUAACAACGACAACGACGUCUCCAACAAUAACAACUCGCCAAAGUCUGGCAUUAUGCUUUCAUCCGCCGUUGGUUUUGACGGGGCGAAAGACAUGGCUUCUCCGUCCCCUACAACCUGUAGGACAGCGGCGGCUGUGCCCGUCUCAGGUAGCAGUUUACCUGUCCACAUCAGCGGGAUGCCUUUCCGCUCCUCCUUCGACGACGGUUCGUUUUCCACCAUGGUUGAAGAAGCUAUGUGUUCGCCCUCUCCUUCCUCCUCCACUCGGGCAGGCAGUUCGCUCGCACCGGUCGGAGGUGGGAGGAAAGAGUCUCCCCGGAGCGACGGGGAGUUUUCCCCGCACUCCCACUUCAGUGACUCGGAUGAAAUAGCGAUGGAGCUCCACUCAAGUGAAGAAGAUGACCUUUCAGAACUCAAGCUACCCAGACACCAUCAUCACACUGUUUCAUUCUGAAUGAUUAAAAAUAACAGACUAUAUUAAAGGUUCACUAUAGCCUGCAACAAAAUAAUGUCCGUAAACCGUGUCAAUCUUACAGUCGAUCUGUUGCAAAACGCAUUUCUAAGAGGAUAGAAAUAUUUGCUUCUUCAAAAAAGUCGUGUUCAAUUUUUAACAAUAGCCUAAUUCUAUUUUAUCAACUUGUUACAUAGUCUAAAGAUUAUUUUUUAUGUGAGCUAGGCCUAAUUCGGUUCUGCCAAUAGAUAUAGCCUAUAAUUUUCAGUUUUCAUGGAGACGUGGCUGGAAGACCCCUCUGCCAUGUCGCGCCCAGCACUGCCAUGGGUAUCUCCCACGUCACUCCGACCAAAAAGCUGUCUUCCACAAAAUCAUAACUCUAUGGAUAAUUUCUUAUAUUUGAUAAUGUAAAAAAACAAUUUUUUGUAGCUAUAAUAUGAUUUUUGUUGUGAUUUAUGUUUUUAUUUGUUAAUUUGUAUGUAUAAUGUAUUUUGUUUUGCAACUUCAAAAGUUCAUAAUGUGCACUUUACAAAUAUACGAGCCAGAGGCUUGA